AUGUACUCAUUAUCGGAGUCUAAAGUGAACGUAGCAAAUCGUCAAGAGGAUACAAAAAUCAUUCUAAAAGAUCAAGAGUCGAUGAUAGAUCUUAAAACGUUGUUGAGACAAGCGGUGAACUCAUCAACGUCGACUGAAAUAACAGCAACUAGACAAGGACCUUGUCAAUGUGCCCUAGGUGUUUGUGGUUGUUGUUCGAGAAUACUUUUUUCCACUUGGAAACAAAAGGCAUGCGUUAACGUGACUUACGAUCCAGAUGAGUUCAGUUUCACUGCUAACGUUCUGAUGAACGACAGGGUUCUAUACACUAGAACGAUUUCUGGUAAAAAUCCUAGACCAAUUUGCGUGCCUGUGCCAAGGAUACCGUACGUUAGGGCCUGCGUGAGAUUCUAUAAUAUUUUUUUUCAAGGUAGAAACAUACAUCUCUGUGUCAACAUGGAAGGAAAGUUUAGAGAUACCACGUUGUUCAAAGUUGGAUUAGAUUGCAUCCGAUUUGGUUCAAACGGUUUAGCUCACAUAAAGCCGGAAGACGGGGGUGGAUUAGGCCAAGUCGAAAUUUUUCCAGGCGAUGACGAUACCGAUUAUAACGAUGAUUACGAUGACGAUGAUGACGACGACGACGAUGACGACGAUGAUGACGAUAUAUUAGAUUUUUAA